UAAUGGCUACAAUCCGUGCGAGUUGGUGGAAAGAAUUGUGGAGUUGUUAUAUUCAUCGUUUUAGUUGAUGCGAGAAAAAUCAUCGCUGUUUUAGUAGAGUUGUUAAAUUAUUCAAUAGAAUCGAUUGUCAUAUGCAAUCUCAAACAACUUGCUUUUUUAUUAGUUAACAAUAUGGACAUUGAGACAAUUGUAACAGAGAGUGUUGAAGUAGAUGAAACUCCAGCGGUGUCCAGUUUGGAUCCCGAUAAAUCGAAAGCAGAGUUUGUGUGGACUUUACAAGCGACAUGGCAACUUGUCCAAACCCGCCUAGAAAUGGACCAGGACUUUGACCAGCCAGUGUGCAAGAAAAAGAAGUUAUGGGAGACAGUGGCUGAGAGGGUUACAGCCAAGCUAAGGGCAGCUGGGAGCCCAGAUGUUACAGUCAAGGCAUAUGAGUGCGACCUGAAGUGGCGGAAUAUGCUGGCCACAUACAGGAAGAAUGCUGAGCGGGCCAAGAGACUCGGGGUGCAAAGUGUUCACUGGGAGUUUUUCAAGGCAAUGCAUGAGGUUCUGGGAAAGAGCCGGGAGGAGAUAGACACACAGCGCAGGAACAAACUCAAUGGUACCAAGCUGGGCAAAUCUAUUGCCAGCAAGCGAUUUACCCCGAUCCUACCGACACCCUCCCUGACACCUGCCCCCUUCACCUCCAGGCCCCCUCAGGAUGUUCUGCAGCUGUACAUGGAACUGCAGGAGAGGAAGAUGAACAUGUGGGCCCAGCAGAAGGCCCUGGAGGAAAGGAAAAUAGAAGCUAUCAAUAACCUAGCUCGUGCCAUUUCCAGCUUGUCGCAGAGUCAAAAUAGUGCCCAGCUGACAAAGGAGUAGCACACCGGAGCAAAGGGGUUGUCACUGAACAAGGACCCUUUUAGAUUUAGUGUGAUGAACGGAAGGUUGUCCAUGGAACAAAAGACUGAAUCUUGAAAAUGUUUCGAAAGUGUUUCAACCAUGUCAUUGUAUACUUUUUAUUACACUGUACUAAGUUAACAAGCACCCAUUAUUAAACAACAUUUAACAAAGGGAAAACUCCCUGUAAAUAAGCCUACAAUGGACAUAUUGUACAUACAGUAGUUCUGCCAUAGGACACAAAUAAUCCUACAUAUGGAAAAAAUACAAAAUAUUGCUCUGAUACUCUUCAAAAUAAAACAAAUGCUGUUUAUCUCCA